AUGGCUACCAGGAAAUGCGCAGCUGUCGUUGUGGGUGCCGGCCCAGCUGGUGUGGCCGUGGUGGGCAACCUGCUAGAGCGCCAACUAGGCACGAUAGCCUGGAUUGACCCUAGCUUCGAGUCUGGCCGUGUGAACCGGAAAUACCGCGAGGUUCCUAGCAACACCAAAGUUGCCCUUUUCCAAGCAUACGCCAACGCUGUUCAGCCCUUCAAGACGGUCAUCGAGAACACCCCUCGACCCAAUGCUUUCACUACUAUGGCCAAGCUGGACCAGGAAAAGACAUGUCAUUUGCACUACGCCGCAGACAUGAUCCGCGGUCUCACUGAUGGAUUGAUCAAGAUGGAUCAAGUCCACGCCUGCCGCGGCUUCGUGACGGCAGCCAACCUUAACAGCAGGACAUCCAGCGACUCCCAAUGGACCGUCCGCGUCAAGCAGCACGGCUCAUCCGACGAACUCACCAUCGAGACAACCCGUCUCAUCCUCUGCACGGGCUCCCACCCCACCAACAUCCCAGUCCCCGUCCCAGGCCUCAACAUCACCCGCCUAGACCUAGAUACAGUCCUGAAACCUUCCGAACUAGCAACAACCCUCCCAACAACCACCCCAACCACCGUCGCCGUCAUCGGCGCCUCCCACAGCGCCAUUCUCGCCCUCCUCAACCUAGUCACUCUCGCCCGCGACUCCCACCCACACCUCCGCGUAAAAUGGUUCACGCGCCACCCGCUCCGCUACGCAGAGUACAUGGACGGGUGGAUCCUGCGCGAUAACACGGGCCUCAAGGGUCUAGCCGCGGACUUUGCGCGCUCCCAACUCGAAAAUGAUAAGCUACCUACGUCCGCUGCGGGCAAGGUCAUUGAGAAAAUCGAUUGUGGCGGUGGCGAGGCCCGUGAGAUGGCGCAGUAUCGGGCUGAGUUGCCGGGUUGUUCGUAUAUCGUUCAUGCAGUCGGUUUCACGAGGGAUCCGUUGCCGCAGUUACAGAGGGAUGGGGAGGCGUUGAGUAUGGAGUUUGAUCAUGGCUCGGGCAAGUUCUAUGAGCGUGGGGAUGGAGAUGCUAUUCCGGGCUUGUUCGGUGCGGGAAUUGCGUUCCCGGAGAGAGUGGUCGAUCCGCAUGGGAAUGUUGAGUAUGCGGUGGGCUUCUUCAAGUUUAUGAAGUUUUUGAAGAGGGUUGUGCCGUCUUGGGCGUGA